AUGGCGGGACCGACCGAUCUGAAGAGAUUGUGGAGGAGGUACAGGGAGUACCGGGUGACCAAGAAGCAGAAGUCAAGCCAAGCAAGCUCGGAAAGCUCGAGCCGGGACAGCAAAGAAAGCACGGCGUUGGAGGAAGCAAGAAUCAUGGUCGUUGGCUUGGGAUUGGAUACAAAGCCGGAAGAAGAGCAUAUUGAAUAUGCGCGGGAUGACGAUCAUCGAUUCAUCAACAACCCACACGGCAUCGGCUGCUCCAGAACCUACGAGGUACCUUAUGACCUCGCUACCAACUCUCUGCUUUCGACAUCGCCAGGAUCCAUGCGUCCCCGCGUGCCACGAGGGGUCAACGUCGACAAGAGCGACGCGCUGUUUUCGUUUCCUGAGCUGGGAGCUUGGAAGACGGAGAGCAUCGACACGGUGAAGGGAAAGAGAAAGGGCAGGAUGCCUGGUGAUAGCGCAGAUGAUCGGUACAAGUUCCUGCUCGAUGGCCCAGCAUCGCGGGCAAAGUUUUCCGUGAAGAGCUUUACUAUGGUACGCCAGCGGGCUUGGACGUGGUGA